AUGUUAAAUCGAAUUAUUGAAGCGAGUGUGAAGAAUCGAUUUCUGGUGGUGAUUGCCACUUUGAUGGUGAUUGGAUGGGGGGUGUACGCGAUGCUGAAUACACCACUGGAUGCGAUUCCCGAUUUGUCGGAUGUACAGGUGAUCGUGUUUAGCGAAUAUCCGGGGCAGGCGCCGCAGGUGGUGGAAGAUCAGGUGACGUAUCCGCUGACGACGGCGAUGUUGUCUGUGCCCUAUGCAAAGACAGUGCGGGGUUAUUCGUUUUUUGGCAUUUCUUAUGUGUAUGUGAUUUUUGAAGAUGGAACGGAUAUAUACUGGGCGCGCAGUCGCGUGUUGGAAUAUCUCAAUUCCGCGUCUGAUCGAUUGCCACAGGGGGUGACCCCAAAGCUGGGGCCGGAUGCGACGGGGGUGGGCUGGGUCUAUCAAUAUACGGUUUUGGAUACGACUGGAAGACAUGAUCUUUCAGAAUUGCGGUCGAUUCAGGAUUGGUAUUUGCGAUAUGAGUUGAGCAGUGUGCAGGGCGUGUCGGAAGUGGCGUCUAUAGGUGGGUUUGUGAAGCAGUAUCAGGUGGUUGUGGAUCCCAAUCGUUUGCUGGCAUACAAUAUUCCCUUACAGAAGAUUCGGACAGCGAUUCAGCGCAGCAAUAACGAUGUGGGGGGGCGACUGGUCGAAUUGGCAGAGACGGAAUUUAUGGUGCGCGGGUUGGGGUAUAUCCAAUCUGUGGCGGAUAUUGAGCAGAUUGCCCUGGGCGUGGGUGAACACGGUACGCCGAUUCGCAUCAAAGAUGUUGCGACUGUGCAGGUGGGGCCAGAACUCAGAAGGGGAUUGGCCGAGUGGAAUGGCGAGGGGGAGGUGGUGGGGGGUAUUGUGGUGAUGCGGUAUGGGGAAAACGCGCUCAAAGUUAUUGAUCGGGUGAAAGAGAAGAUAGCGUCGCUCAAACCCGGUCUUCCCGAAGGUGUGGUGGUGAUCGCCAAUUACGAUCGCUCGGCACUUAUCUUGCGCGCGGUUGAUCAUUUAGAAAAAAAGUUGAUUGAAGAGAUCGCGGUGGUGGCUGUGGUGUGUAUCGUUUUCUUGCUCCAUUUCCGCAGUGCUUUUGUGGCUGUUUUCACAUUGCCGAUGGGGAUUUUAAUUGCGUUUGCCGCGAUGCAUCACCAGGGUGUCAAUUCGAAUAUUAUGUCUCUUGGCGGUAUUGCUAUUGCCAUUGGAGCGAUGGUGGAUGCAGCUAUUGUGAUGAUCGAAAAUGCACACAAGCAUCUCGAACGCGAUGACGGGACAAAGUCGCAUAGUGAGAUGAUCAUUGCCGCUUCGAAAGAGGUGGGACCUGCGUUGUUUUUUUCGCUGUUGAUUAUUACGCUGUCGUUUUUGCCGAUUUUUACGCUGGAGGCACAGGAAGGGCGGUUGUUUAAGCCGCUCGCAUAUACCAAAACUUAUGCUAUGGCAGCGGCGGCAUUUUUGGCGAUUACGGUUGUGCCGGUGCUGAUGACUUUUUUCGUGCGCGGCAAAAUUCGGCCUGAGUCGGAGAAUCCCAUCAGUCGCGUGUUGAUGUAUCUGUAUCGACCCGUGAUUGAUUGGGUGUUGCGACAUCGGGUGAUGACUGUGAUGUUGGGUGGGCUGGUGUUGUUUGUGACUGUGUUUCCCUUUCGCGAUAUGGUGGUGUCGCGUUUUUCAGAUCGACCGCAGAGUUUGACUUAUAAGGCACUGGUGAAAUUGGACGCGUUGUUUCCAAUGGAAAAAAUUGGAUCGGAAUUUAUGCCGCCCCUGUACGAGGGGGAUUUGUUGUAUAUGCCCACGACAUUGCCGGGGGUAUCGAUUACGAAAGCGCGGGCGUUGUUGCAACAGACGGAUAAAAUUAUUCGCACUUUUCCCGAAGUUGAACACGUAUUUGGCAAAAUUGGUCGGGCGGAAACUGCGACAGACCCGGCGCCGCUGUCGAUGAUUGAGACGACGAUUAUGCUCAAGCCCGAGUCCGAGUGGCGCGAAGGCAUGACGCCUCAAAAAUUAAUUCGAGAAUUGAACCAGGCAGUAAAAUUUCCGGGAUUGACCAAUGCGUGGACAAUGCCGAUUAAGACGCGUAUUGAUAUGCUUUCAACAGGUAUUAAGACGCCUGUGGGCAUUAAGGUCGUGGGGGAUGAUCUGGAGACAUUGCAGGUGCUGGGCGAGAAAAUUGAAACGGUGGUGCGCGAUCUGCCGGGCACGCUGAGUGUGUUUGCCGAGCGCACUGCGGGUGGCAAUUAUCUGGAUUUUGAGAUCGAUAGACAGGCUAUUGCGCGUUAUGGGCUGACGGUUGGGGAUGUGCAGGAUGUUAUUAUGUCUGCAUUGGGCGGGAUGAAUAUCACGCAUACUGUGGAGGGUUUGGAGCGCUAUCCAGUGAAUUUGCGUUAUGGACGAGAGUUGCGCGAUAAUUUGCCAGCACUUCGGCGCGUGCUGGUGCCCACGCCGAUGGGGGCGCAAAUUCCCAUUGGACAAUUGGCAGAUCUUCACAUUCGGAAGGGGCCGCCGGGUAUUAAGAGUGAAAAUGCGCGGUUAAAUGCAUGGGUUUAUGUCGAUAUUGAAGGUGUGGAUGUGGGUACUUAUGUCGCGCGGGCGCAACAGGCGGUACUGGAGCAGGUGCCUAUGCCGCCUGGUUAUACCGCGAUCUGGAGCGGUCAGUAUGAAUAUAUGUUGCGGGCAGAGAAAAAGCUGAAGGUUGUGGUGCCCGUGACGCUGGCGAUCAUUUUUCUGCUGUUGUAUCUGAAUUUUAGAAAUGUGGCUGAGAGCGCGAUUGUGAUGCUUUCUCUGCCCUUUGCACUGGUUGGUGGGAUAUGGUUGAUGUAUAUUUUGGAUUACGAUAUGAGUAUUGCCGUGGGUGUGGGGUUCAUCGCGCUGGCGGGUUUGGCUGCUGAGACGGGGGUGGUGAUGCUGAUUUAUCUGGAUCAGGCUUAUGAGAGUAUUAAACGCGAAAAAGGCGAUAAAUUGACACUAACAGAUUUAAAUCAGGCGGUGAUGUCCGGUGCUGUGGAGCGGGUGCGGCCCAAGUUGAUGACGGUGUUUUCAACGAUGGUUGGCCUGUUGCCGAUUAUGUGGUCAACGGGCACGGGGUCCGAGGCGAUGAAGCGCAUUGCGGCACCUAUGGGUGUGGCAGUUGAUCUGGAGACGAAAACAGCGAAGGUGACUUUUGAUGACAAGGUGACCAAUGUACCCGCUUUGGAGCAGGCCGUUGUCAAGGCGGGUUAUGCGGCUAAUGAUAAAAAGGCCGAUUCCGAUGCGUAUGCCAAUUUGCCCAGUUGCUGCAAAAUUCAGCAAAAGGAGGGAUUUAUGGCCCUUGCGAUGACAGAGCAACAAGAGAAAGACUUUGAUGAAAAGGGAUUUAUUGUCCUCGAUGAUUUUUUUGAUCAGGACGAGGUCAAUCGGCUCCUGCUGGCUAUUGACGAGGUGGCAGAGCGGGUUCGAGAUGCAGAAGGGUUGGGGCCUGAUGAUCCUUUUGCCGUGCGCAAUGCCCUGUCGCAGCACGAGGCUUUUCUCGAUUUGAUCGAUCAUCCGCGCAUGUUGCCUCUGGUGGUGGAUGCGAUUGGAUGGAAUAUUCAGAUCCGAACCACGCAUCUGGACUAUCGGCCGCCAUAUCCCGAGGGUUUGAAAGCGGGUGAUGUUGGCGUUGGAAAGGGUGAAGAUCAGAAGGUUGGGUACCGCAAUGUCGCAUGGCAUCCCGAUUUGGCGAGCGAUAUGCUGUUUCUGGGUCCUUCGCUCGAUGGACGGCUCCCGUUUAUGGAGAUCAAAGUUUUUUGCGUGCUUUCCGAUAUGACCGAAUCCAAUUGUGGCAAUUUAUGGUUGGUGCCGGGUAGUCACAAGCGCAAGCCAGAAGAAUUGCGGGAAAUGGGGCGCGAGGUCAAUCCAGAAGAAGCGGUUGAGCUCAAGUUGCGUGCUGGUUCUGCCGUGUUGUGGCGAACCGCUGUUUGGCACUGCGUGGGUCCCAACUUGUCGAGAAAAACGCGAAAAAUUAUGCAUGUGGGGUAUAAUUACCGGUGGCUUCGUCCGACUGAUUAUAUCGAGCAGGAUGCGGAGCUUGUUGAACGGAGUUCGCCAAUUCGGCGUCAGUUGUUGGGCGCGCUGGCAUCGGGAGAAGACCCGCUGGGGCCAGAGCCAGAUUUCCAUCCCUCGUCACAAUACUGGCUCACAAAAAAUUGGGAUGAUAUUCCACUGCGAGCCUGGGCACAGGCGCGAGAAGCAAGGCAGACGCAACCACAGAUAAACAGCUAUCGCAGUUGCACACCAGUAGUAAGAUGA